GGGAGAGGAGGACGAGGGCGGGGGAUGCUGGGCUGCCCCGAGCCUUCUCCUCCUUCUGGGCCGGAGCCUCCAGAGCCUGAGCUGCUGCCGUGCCUCCAUCUGUGCUGCUGCAGUGAGCGGCCCCGGAAGGACGUCUGCAUGCGGGCAGUGGGCGGCGAGAAGGCGUGGGCCCCCCGACUUCUGGCCACCAGGCGCCCCUGACCCAGGCGCCAUGCCCGGGACUGGCCCUCGGGUGCUGAUGGCCGCGUUGGCCCGGGGGCUGGUGCUCUGACAUGGACUCCCAGGCCCGGGGGAGGGCCUUGGGCCCUCCUGCCUGCUAGCGUGAAGGCGAGCUCUGGAUGUGUUUCCCCCAAGGCCUGCUCUGGGGUGCCUGUGAGCACAGAGUGGGGGAGGGGCUUCUCUCGCCUCCCCUUUCUGGACAUGAAGAAGGACGUCGAGGUUUUGGUCUCCGAGGAGAGAGCUGAAAUCAUUGCCAAGUACCGGAAGGGGAGGCAGCCUGGGGCUCAGAUUGACCCUUGGGAGGAUGCAGACUUCACCCUUUAUAAAGUCACAGACCGGUUUGGCUUUCUACAUGAGAGUGAACUGCCAAGCCACAGCGCCCUGGAGGAGAAGCAAAAGCUCCAGGAGAUCGAGCGGGUGGACAAGUGGCUGAAGAUGCUGAAGAAAUGGGAUAAAUACCGCCACAGUGAGAAGAUGGCUCGAAGGGUCUACAAAGGCAUCCCUCUGCAGGUGCGGGGCCAAGUCUGGUCCCUCCUCCUGGAAGUGGAGAAGGUGAAGACAGAAAACCCCGGCAAAUACGAGGAGAUGAAGGAGAAGGCCCAGAGCUGCUCUUCCGAGAUCAGACAGAUCGAUCUGGACAUCCAUCGGACGUUCCGCAAUCACAUCAUGUUCCGGGACCGCUACGGGGUGAAGCAGCAGGCCCUGUUCCAUGUCCUGGCCGCCUACUCCGUCUACAACUCGGAGGUUAGCUAUUGCCAGGGCAUGAGUCAGAUCGCUGCCAUCCUGCUGAUGUACCUGAAUGAAGAGGAGGCUUUCUGGGCACUGGCCCAGCUCCUGGCCAAUCAGAAGCACGCCAUGCAUGGCUUCUUCACGCCAGGAUUCCCCAAGCUGCAGCGCUUCCAGGACCACCACGAGCAGAUCCUGGGGAAGGCCCUGCCCAAGCUGAAAAAGCACAUGGACAAGGAACAGAUGUCCACAGGCAUUUAUACCACCAAGUGGUUCCUGCAGUGCUUCAUUGACCGGACCCCGUUCACCCUCACCCUGCGCCUGUGGGACGUGUACAUCUUGGAGGGCGAGAGAGUUCUCACCGCCAUGGCCUAUACGGUCCUCAAGCUGCACAGGAAACGCCUGCUGAAGAUGUCCCUGGAGGAGCUCCGAGAAUUUCUGCAGGAGAAGCUGGCCGGCCCCUGGCCCCACGAAGACGACACAGUCCUGGACCAUCUGCAGGCGUCCAUGGCCGAGCUGCGCCGCAUGAAAUGCGAGCUGCCCCCGCCAGCCAAACUGGAGGAGCUGCCCAAGAAACCUCUGGGAGUGGACUUCUCCCUGGGCCUUGUGAUCAAUGGGCAGAGCAAAGCUGUGCGCACCCAGAGCCCCGCCCUCAGCCCCGCGCCAACCGGCCAGCUGCCUGAGCCCCCUGAAGACACGCCCUCUGCCCAGCCUCAGGAGCCACAGCAGCUGGGCAGCCCGGACCUGGAGGAGGCUGCUGUGAGGGCCGGACCUGCGGCCCCCCAAGCCCCGGCCUCCCCUGAGGAGGGGGGGCCGGCAGGGGGUGGCCCCCCGGAGCUGGGUGCAGCCUGCUUCCCUCCUCCCCCAUCCCCCGAAGAGCUGCUGCCCCCAGAAAGCGUUCCUGAUGAGGACGCCUACCCCGCCGGCCCUCCCCCUCCCCCUCCCGGCACCCCGGAGCAACCUGGCCCCCCGCCCUCCCAGCAGCACCCUCCUGAGGGGGCGGGGGGCCCGGGGCCGGCCCCCAGCAGCCUCCCGCCCAGGCACUGGGCCAGCAUGCCCAGCCUGGCCCUUCCCACGCCUUCCUCAGCCUCCCUGGGCGCGAGCCCCCGUGGCUUCUGGGGGAGCAGCCCCAGCCUCUGCAGGGCCUGGGCUGGCCAGGACUCGGGACAAGAAGGGCGGCUCCCAGGCGGAGCUGGCCCCCUGCUGCCCCUGGGCACAGAGCGCCCCCCGCAGGAGGCCCCGGGCGGACAGGGCAGCUGUCACCUGGAGCUCACAGGGGCCGGUUUAAGGGACUCGGGGCCUGCCAGAGAACGGGACUGAACCAGGCGUAAAUGGUACGGCCCAGGAGGGCCCAAAGGACAAGAGAUGGCUCUGCCAGUAAAGGCGUCUGCAGAAAGGA